AUGGAUAAAUUAUCUGCUCUAAAACAAGCUCUUGAAGCAGAACGAAAGAAAAAUCAAGACUUACAAGAGCAACUUAAGCUCAAAGAUAUAGAAAACGAUCUCUAUGUAAAUCCCACGCAGAAAAAGCAACUUCUGGAAGGCUCCCCCCAGCAAGUCUCCAGCAUCAGACGUCCAAGUGUAACAAAAAGAGUAUAUUCUAUUAAGGAGCAAGAAGCUUUCAUCCAAUCAGUGGAACGUGAAGAAGAAAACAUCACAAACAGGCUUCAAAAAUCCUUCAAAACUUUACUUCGAGAAAAAAUCGAUCUUGAAAACACGCUAGAACAAGAGCAAGAAUUUAUUGUGAAUACAAUGAGUAAGCAGCUAGCACAAGCAAUAGGCCAGAAACUGUAGAAAUUAUAUAGAGAGCUUAAAAAGAAAGUAGAAGCACAAAUCAGGUCAAGAUCACCUUCUGAUGUCGACCUAUCUAAAGAGGCUGAGUUUGCAGCUGAAGAAUUUAAUUCUAGCUUUAGCAGUGACAGUGAAAGCAGUAGAGAAAGUAUCGGAAUCGAGGAAAAAAGAAAAAUGAAGGCAUUGGAAGCUGAGUUAAAUUACAUAAAACAACAGAUUGAUUUAGCAAAAAAUGAUAUAAAAAAAUACAAAAAUUUGUACAUCACAAUGAUGGAAAAUCAGCAAAGGUUGGUUAAAGAAAAUUUUUUACUUACUCCCCUCCUCCCUCCGUGGGCGAACAAAAAUUUUGUUCGCUCAUAUAUGGAUGCUAAUUUUUUUUAAAAUUUAUAAAUUUAUUCCGAAAUUUAAAAUUAAUUUAACUUGUAAAAUUAUGUUUAAAAAAAAUUAAAAAACGAAAGCUGCUUAAAUCUUAACAGAAUUAAAAGCAGUUUUCAUUAUAUAAUUAUUAUUUAUAUAUCAAAAUAUUUUUUCAUAAAAAAAUUUUUAUAUUAAAAAAAUGUUUUGCUCGAUCACAGGGUAGGCUUGCUUGCAAAAACGGAGGGGGAGUCAGCAAGAAAUUGGGAGGAAGUGAAGGAGAGCCCGAUGACAUUGACAUUAGGAGCGAUAUUUCGUGUGGAAGUCUUUCCAGUAGAAGUUUAGGAAACUAUUUGGAAUUUCGCUCUGAGUCUAAUACUCCGCACAGCUAUUCACGAGAGGCAAGUAGCACUCCAAAGAGGAAAAGGUAA